AUGGCUGAUCCGGAAAGCCAAUACGAUUUCGCUGAUGAUGGUCCCGACGACGACCAGUCGCUCAUUUCGACCCGCGGAUUCGAGGCAUUCGGCAGAAAAGUGACAACCACCGCCAGCCACCUCAUGGGCCCCGUCAAUGCCGACGGCGCAUCGAUUCACUACCAGGCUGCCAUGGCUGAGGUGCAUAAGCAGCUCAAGAGGCCAACGGUUCAGCGCAGCAUGUUCGCCAUGGCAAGGACUACGCCCACCGACAUCGUCCGCUCCAAGCUCUCCCGAUCCGAAAUCCAGCAUCGCGCCCUGACGGCCCUCCCUGACCAUCUCCUCUCCAACAUUCCCGACAACGAAAACAGCUACUCGCUCUUCCAAGGCUUCCAGGCCAGCUUCCCCGAACUUACGGACGAGGGUAAGAAACAUCGCCGACGUGUCUCGAGAGGGAGAAAGCUCCUCGAAGAUGGCACAGGCGUUUCCGAGACGCUGCAACUCAGCCAAGCCAAGAAAGAAAAAGCCGCCAUGAUGCACGAAUUUGACUUGCUGGCUGUGCGCAAAAACAUGGCCAGUAGCGAGAUUCGCGAAAUAGACAAUAAAAUCGCCAACCUACAUGGCAUGCGCCGAAUUAUUAUGGAAAGACUGGCAGGCUUGGAGCAGGAGGAAGCGCUGCUUGAGCAUGAUAUUCUCGACGUCGAAGGAAGAGUCGAGGCCGCCCAAGCACUCGUUGACGAAGCUGAGGAAAUUGCAAAGAACACCCCCACGAGAGAUGAAGUCGACCUCGUCGGUGAUGCCGACGACCACGACCACGAAUUCAUGUCGCAAUCAGUCUAUGACAAAAUACCGAGCUCUUCCGCUAGCACACCAACGAAGAGGCCCAAAAAGGUUCGCCGCCGAAAAUCUAUGCCCAUUUUGCAUGAGCAUUUCGAGCCGGGCUCCAGCAUUCGCGAAAUCCGAGCACACAAGGACACAAUCACCGCCCUCGACUUCGACGCGCCUUUCGGCGUCAUGGUCACUGCCGCCCUCGACGAUACGGUUCGCGUGUGGGAUUUAAACGCUGGUCGCUGCAUGGGCCACCUUGAAGGCCACAACGCGUCCGUUCGCGCAUUACAAGUUCAGGAUAACAUCCUGGCUACCGGCUCAGUAGACGCAACAAUCAAGCUAUGGGAUCUCAGCAAAUCACACUACGACCCGCAAGGUGCCAGUGGGCACGGAGAAGAGGACGAGGAUGCCAUCGCGUUUGAGAACCCCAACGACCACCACGUUGAACCGCCUCAGGGUAGCAUGGAUGACUGCGAGCUCUUUACAUUGCAGUCACACGUUGGAGAAAUCACGGCCCUUCACUUCCGCGGCGACUCCCUGAUCUCGGGGUCUGCAGACAAGACUCUGCGUCACUGGGACUUGGAAAAGGGCCGCUGCAUCCAGACGCUGGAUGUCAUGUGGGCAGCCGCUCAGGCUUCCGCGAACCCCAACACAUCCGAUGCGGCUUGGAGACCAACUGGACGCUCACAAUCCAGCUCGGCUGAUUUUGUUGGGGCCUUGCAGGUGUUUGAAUCGGCUCUAGCGUGUGGUACCGCGGAUGGUAUGAUUUGGGACCUGCGAACUGGGUCCAUCUACGACGCAUAUGCAUAUGACAACCCUAUUACGAGUAUGAUGUUUGACGCGAGGAGGAUUGUUAGCGCUGCUUGCGAGGAUGUUGUCAAGGUGUACGAUAAGGUAGAGGGAAGGCAAUGGGACUGCGGCGCGGGCGUCACGGCGGCCGAGGAGGGCAGGAAGACGUCCAUUGUAGAGCGUGUGCGAGUAAAGGACGGGUACCUGGUAGAGGGCAGGCAGAACGGUAUUGUCGGCGUCUGGACAUGCUAG